AUGAUGAGCUCGCCGACAGCCCGCAGGAGGUGGAGGACCUCACCCUCCACGUGCCUGGCGAGUUCCCAGCUCCUCAGACGGACCCGCGGUCAGGGCGACCGGCUGACGCACCCGUGCCCGAGCCAUCCAGCCCCCGAGCCCGCACCCCACUCCCCCGGCCGGUCCUCGCCAGAGCCUCAGCAGGCUGCUGAGGACUACAGAGGACCGGAUGACCAGCCGGGGUACCUGGCCGUGGUCCAGUUGGCCACGGCCUUGGUGGGGUUGCGUCACGACCCGGCCUUGUCCGAGGGGAGGGUAGAUGAGCUUAUCAGGCUAUACGAGGCCCUGUCACCGUACGACAGGGCCCGAGUAGUUUACCCUCCCCGCUACAGGGACAGGCUAGCUCAGGGGCGCUUCAUGGCAGCGAAGCCAAGCCGCACCAGUAUACCUGGUGUGGAAAGCUUGAGACGCUGCCUGGUCGGAGAGACCUCUGGACCUGCCAGCAGUCCCAGCGCAAGCCGGCUGGUUGAGGCAGUAUGCACCCAGCUCUGCCGCUUGAUCCCCUCGGGCAGCCGUGCGCGCGGUGCCCGGAGGUCAUGGUGGGACAGCAUACUGCUUCGGUACCAGCACAUCCGGGACCUUGUGCUGGGCCACCAGAGGCUGAUGGCUCGGGCGCCCAUACAGCUCUUUGAGCUGAACUCCAGGACCCUCUCGCUGUGGUAUGUUUGAUGCUUUUGAUGUUAUGGUAAUGACAUGCUUGAAUGGCAUGCUCUCAAAAUUGUACAUGUAACUAAAAUACUACGUUGAAAUCCGUUCUCAGGUUCACCAGGAUGCAGCGGGAGAAGGAGAGGACUGUGCUAGCUUCAGGCGUUGCAGCAGAGGGACGACCACCAGCGGCAGCGGUUUCGGCGCCGUGCCCAGCAGCAGCGGUGGAUCGUUCUCCGGCAGCAGCAACAGGCCAGGCGAGGACAGCAGCGCCAAGGACGGCGGGACCUCUGGCAGCAGCACCGGCUGUGGCAGCACCGGUGCCUGUUCUGCCAGCGCCAGUGCGCCCACUGGCGCCUUUACCGCCUGCCCCCUCAGCUGUUGUCCUGGCUAUACCACCAGCUGCUGCAGCUGCAACAGGACAUUUUCCAGCAACACAGCCUCUCUUUCUGGACCUCUCACUGCCCCAGCAGAGUGUGAGGGUGCUCCCCAUACCAACGCUCCCUCGGACAACGCCAGCCCCACACGUCCUCCCUCUGCCGCUGGCUGACGCACAUCACGCCGGCCCUCGGCUGCCUGCACCUC